AUGUCUGUUUCCGCAACAACUGCCACACCAGGCUGGCGACCCAAAGCUAUGGUAUUCGACCUGCUCACCGCUCUGCUGGACUCUUGGACUCUAUGGGAUGCCUCUACUCCUUCAGGCAGUUCCGCAGAAGGGAGACUCUGGCGUCUGCGUUACUUAGAACUCACCUUCGGGGCGGGCGCCUAUAUUCCUUAUGAGAGUCUCGUCAGCAACUCUGCCCGUGACGUCGGUUUGCCAGAGUCGGUCGCGACAACUCUGGUCCGUGACUGGGAGACCAUGGCGGCCUGGCCUGAGACCGUUGAGGUCUUGCAGCGAUUGAAGGCGAGCGGAUAUCGACUCGGAGUCGUGACGAAUUGUUCAAAACAACUAGGGCACGCCGCGUCUUGCAAAGCCGGUACCGAGAAUUUCGAUGCCGUUGUGACUGCGGAGGAGAGUGGGUUUUACAAGCCUGUGGAACAAGCAUAUCAGGCUGUUCUGGUGGCGAUGGGUCUUGACGCGUGCGAUGUUCUGUUCGUAGCUGGCAGUGCCGGAGACGUCGAAGGCGCGACGAAUGCCGGAAUGAAAGUUGUUUGGCAUAAUAGGGUUGGAUUGCCCAAGAAGGGAGACGCUGUUCCGCUAGUGGAGGCCACUACACUUGACGAUGCUUUGCGGGAUUUCCUGUGA